GAAUGUGGGCCUGGAUUAUUUCACUUGUAAUCACUCUAUCAAGUGUGUUCAUACACGACCACUACUCCAUUUAUCUCUCCAUCUAGGUCCCAAAAAGUGAUUAUUACUUUAUAUCCUUCACUUCUCGCUUUCAAAUUCAACUGCCGAAUUCAUCAAUCACUUUGCUGGAACUACUCAGUAGCUUGACAUGAGAAGGGAACAAUCCCAGUCUCCUUGCCUAACAGAUACGGAGCCCGAUAGAAUUAGUAGUUUACCAGGUCAUGUAAUAGACCAGAUUCUUUCAAAUUUGUCGGUUAGGGAAGCGGUGAGAACAAGUAUUUUAUCUACUAAAUGGAGGUACAAAUGGGCCACAAUACCAAAUCUCGUGUUUGAUUCUCUAUGUGUCUCUGAAACUUCCGAAGACCUUUUAGUUAUCAAGAGCAAGCUAUCGAGAAUUAUUGAUCAUGUACUUUUACUCCAUUCUGGGCCAAUCAUAAAGUUCAAGCUCUCCCAUCGUGAGCUCAUUGGUGUCACUGAUAUUGAUCGAUGGACUCUUCAUCUAACUAGAAGGCCUGUUAAAGAGUUUGUACUGGAAAUCUGGAAAGGGCAACGCUAUAAGAUACCUUCAUGCUUAUUUUCUUGUCAAGGUUUACAUCAUUUAGAGUUAUUUAACUGUUGGCUGAAACCACCAUCAACAUUUGGAGGUUUUAGGAACUUGAAGAGUCUUGAUCUGCAACAUGUUACAUUGACUCAAGAUGCUUUUGAAAACUUGAUAUCCAGUUGCCCCCUGCUUGAACGAUUGACAUUGAUGAACUUUGAUGGUUUCACCAGUCUUAACAUCCAUGCCCCAAAUCUCCAGUUUUUUGACAUUGGUGGUAAAUUUGAAGAUGUUAGCUUUGAGGACACUUCUCAAUUAGCUGUGGUAUCCAUUGGGUUGUAUUCGAAUUUUGAAAGUAGUCAAAGUAGAUUGCAUGGACGUGCUAGCAAUUUGGUCAAUUUUUUUGUUCAUUUACCUUGUAUACAGAGGCUGGAGAUUCAAAGCUAUUUUUUGAAGUAUUUGGCUGUGGGGAUUGUGCCAGUAAAGCUUGCUACACCUUGCAUUGAUCUAAGUUAUCUUUCUGUACGGAUAAACUUCAAUGAUUUGAAGGAAAUUUCAGCUGCGCUUUGCCUGUUCAGAAGCUCACCUGUUCUACGAGAACUAGAAAUAUUGGCACGGCCUGAGGAACAGACUAUUCCGUUUAUGCACGACGCCUAUUGUUGGGAAGAUGUCUAUUUGGAUUGGCCAGUCAUGCGAGUGCAACAUGUGAGGAUAGAAGGCAUCUCUGGUAUCAAACCUGAAUUAGACUUCAUCAACUUUCUACUUCUAUAUUCUCCAGUGCUAGAAAGGAUGACUGUGAAACCUGUUUCAAAUGCUGGACCGGAGUUGGUGAAAGAACUAUUGCGGUUCAGGAGAGCCUCGGGACGAGCUGAAGUUAUUUACCUUGACUCUAUUUAAUGUUUAUUUAUUGAACUCUAAAAUGUAUAUUACUAUUUUGUCUCUUUUUGUAGUGAGUAAUCAGUGAUCAACAUUCACCAUCCCACUACUACUUAGACACCCAUUUUCUCGAGGAAAUCUGCAUUGUUAAUGCCUCCCACGUGUGUGAUAGGUAGCUGCUUCACUGUCUUGAAAGUAUUUAUUUGGUAUUGGCUAUAAUGGUUGCAUAGUAAUGAAACAUUGUAACUUGUCCCUGCAUCAAAAAUAUGAUUUAGAUGUCUGAUUAACCACACACAUUAUGAAUUCCCAUUUUCCAUGUGAUUUGCAAGCCAUCAUAGGUACUACGAGUUGAUGUGCUCAAGGUUUGGAGAGUUAAAUCAAGUUUAGGAAAUAUAGACUGAGAUAUUUCUUAUCUUCAAAUUGUAAUUAGUAAUAAGUGAACUCUUAUAGUUGA